CAACAAAAUCUUUCUUAAAUACCUAGCCUAACACAUCAUGAGACCAAUCAAGUUGAUGGGGCACGAGCGUUCGCUCACGCAAGUCAAGUACAACAGAGAAGGAGACUUGAUUUUCUCGGUUUCGAAAGAUAGCUCUGCUUCUAUUUGGUAUUCAUCGAAUGGAGAAAGAUUGGGAACCUUAGAAGGUCACAAAGGUACCAUUUGGUCUAUUGAUGUCGACAGUGAAUCUAUUUUAUGUUCAACCGGAAGUGCUGAUUUGUCCAUCAGGUUGUGGAAAGUUGCCACCGGUGAAUGCGUUUUCCAGUACGAAAUGUCCACCCCUGUCAGAAGAGUAGCAUUUUCCCCUGAUAACUCCAAACUUUUGGCGGUUACUGACCAAGUUAUGGGCCACCAAGGUACCAUAACUGUUUUCAACAUAAGUUACGAAGGUGACUAUACCAACCAAAGCGCCGAACCCGAAUUGGUGAUCAAAACCAGAGAAGGUGCCACCAAAGUUGUGGUUGCUGGAUGGUCCCAUGGAGGUGAAUAUAUCAUAGCCGGUCAUGAAGAUGGAUAUGUUUCCAAAUACGACGGCCACACUGGAGAGUUUAUACAGACAGUUCAAGCCCACGGUAAAUACAACGAAGAAAAGGUGCUUUCCAUCACCGACAUACAAUUUGCUCCUGAGGACAAAUCCUACUUCAUCACAUCUUCUAAAGACAAAUGCUCCACCUUAAUCGAUGUCGAGACCCUCGAGAUCUUGAAGGUGUAUAUUGCUGACGCCCCCAUGAACACCGCUGCCAUAACCCCCAAAAAGAACUUUGUUAUAUUAGGAGGAGGUCAAGAAGCCAGAAAUGUCACCACUACGGCCGAAUCCCAGGGGAAAUUCGAAGCUAGGUUCUACCACAAGAUCUUCGUCGACGAGAUCGGGAGAGUCAAGGGUCAUUUCGGUCCUUUAAAUUCCAUUGCUGUUCAUCCUAACGGUUCUGGAUACGCUUCUGGAGGAGAAGAUGGGUUUAUCAGAGUGCACAGCUUUGACAAGAGCUACUUUGAUUUCGAAUACGACGCCGAGAGAACAGAAAGAGCCAUUGCCUCAGGUGCCACUUAGGAGCCCCAUAAAUAGUGUAUAUUAAUAUCAUCUGGUUAAUAUAAAAUCGCAG